AUGAUGAUUGUAUAUGUGAUGAAUUGUGUGAUGAAGUAUUUCCCCGUUGAAUUGUUUUUCCGAUUCUUAGAACAAAAGUUGAACCAGCCCUCCUGUUCUAAAUUGAUGAAUCAUAACGACAUACUUACUCAGAAAACUGUAUCUGCGGUGAGCAUCAUUCUCAGUUUGGCGUUAAUAGCAUCUACGGAAGCAUUCUUCCUGAAAUGGGGUUCAGAUUCAGGCAGCCAAUCGUCACAGAAGUCCUGGGUGCAGCCUGUAUCACCGUACAGAUAUCAAUACAUGUACCCCUACGAGUCAAGAAAGAUCUAUCAAGUCCAACCUCAGCAGUAUUCUCAGCCUGAAAUACAAAUGCAACAUAACAUGGCACCGAUACCGAUAAGCGUGCCCGCUGGAGCGAGCCUCACUCCAGUUUCCCUUCAGCAUGUUCAACUUGUACCCUGCAUGUGUCCAGUGGCGCCGGAGGAAGCUGAGAAGUUACAGGAACAAGCCGGAGCAGGUCCCUACAUCGCCCAAACUUACUCCCAGUCUUACCAAAUUCCUCAGCAAAUGACAGUCGCCGACUCUCCUAAGACGACAACUAAACAGUAAACUUUACAUAUACCACCAAUGAUACGUGUGUGUUAUAAUUUAUUUCACUUCUCUAUUUAUAUUUACAUAAGACUGAUAGAUUUAGUGCGGUCGUGUAUUAUUGGUAAUAAAUUAAUA